GGGAAGACGAGAAAAACGGGCUGAUUUCCUCUACUAUGGAUAGGGCUAUCUACGAUCAAUUUGGGGAGGCCAUUGACAGAAGGCUUGGAGGAGUGGGGGCUGAAGCCCAACGAAGAGCGGCAGCGGGACCACUGCCCCCUGCCAUGUUCAGGCUAUGGCAGGAAAAGGAGGAACCACCGUUUAGGGUGAAAGAAGUGGGAAGUGAUGAGGAAGUGACUCAAGGGCUGCGAGGAGGAAGUGAGACGGAAGAGGCCAUAAUCAUCAAGUCAGAUGACGAGGAGGAGGAGGAAAGAACGGAGCCUCCGUCCGUCUUAUUUGAGAAGAUGAAGGACUUGCUGGAUAAGAUGGGGAGGUACCAACAGAAGUUGGUGGGCCUCUGUAAAGAAGUGAAAGAAUGGAGGUCUAACAUCCCCACAGUAUUCCUCUAUGACUCUGGCCCGGGGUCAGCGCCUGGGCGACCCGGAGUAAAUGUGGUGGGGUCGUGCCCUCAACCAGGAAUAAGGGGGAGACCCCCCACUCCGCAAGCCCGGCUGGCACAGGCAGCGCGAACGAGGAAUCAAGCCAAGGGCAGUACCAGCCAAGAGCCUCCAAGGGGGGAACACGAACCAGGGAGAAGGAAGGAGGCUGUGGAAGUAGGGGACGACGAUAACGAAGAGGAAGAGGACGAGAGGCUGCGCAAAGAAGAGGAUCAGAGAGCGGAGCAGCGGGCAAGGAAAAAGGGGAUCAGGGGAGAGGCCGAACCGGUCAUACAGGACGGACCGCCCAAAAAGAAGAAAUACGCGGUCCGGUUGGAAGAAGGAUUCGACGUAGAGAAGGUGAUUGACCGGCUGCUGGAAGGGCAUAAUGACCUCAUGACCCUGAAGGAAAUCCUAGCGUCAGCCCCCCGACUCCGCGAUGAACUGAAGGGGAGGUUAUCACGGCGCCUGGUGCCCAAUGUCCAUCUGGGUACGAUCCUGCCCAAGGAGGCAGAGUGGGCAGAGUCAGGUACGAAGAUGGACUGGAAAUGCGUAGCCUGCGGUACGGUGAAUUUUAUGGUGAAGGGUUCCAAGUGCGCAGCAAUGGUGGACACCGGGGCAGAGAUGAACAUUAUUCAGGAGGCGGACGCGAUCAGAUUUGGGCUGGAUAUAGACCGUUCUGACUGCGGUAUUCUGCAUGGAGCCAGAUGUAAGGCCAUGUUUUGUGGGACAGCCUCGAAUGUGCUCGUCGAGGUUGGAAAGGUGAAGGUCAGGGCAUGCUUCUUCAUAAUGCCAGACGUGGACCAUGGAAUCCUCUUGGGGAGGUCUGACUUUACGAAGACAGCCAUGCCAAGAGGAGGGAAGGGGACACAGCCGCCUCAGAGGCCGUUGGGCGCAUCAGGAGGAUAUGAGCGGCAUGGGCCUCGCCAACGAGAGAGUACUCCAGUCUACAAUGAUGGGGACAUCGAGCUAUUCCUGGACAGUUUCUGGGAGCAUGCGAGGCGUAUGGGUUGGACCGUCACUCAGGCGAUUGAGAGAUUGAGGGGAGCAGGUAGGUUCGAAGAGCCCAUUGCCAGGAUUCGUAGGGAAGCGACGACGAGGCAGGAGAUGGAGAUGAAGAUGGAGGAGUUGCGACCGUCGCCUGUGGGACCUGAUGGCAGGCCGAUCCGCCUGGAGAUUGGAAAUGCGUCGGACUUCAUCCCCGCGUUUGAGUGGUUCAUACAAGAGCAGGGCAUACCGAGAGAUGAUUGGAUGCAGUCGCUACCACUCUGGACCAGGAAGGCGGAAAGGUCACUGGCUAUGCAGAUCAGGGACAUGGCACGAGAUUGGGAGAGCUGCAGGGCACAUUUGAGAGAGGCCUUUCGACGGCCAGAGCUCCCUCAGCCCAGAGUCGAGAGGCGGCAGAGGAGUCAGAGGUCGAGGGACCCUGAGCCCAGGGAGGCGAGACCAUCUCGAGGAGGACGGAAGGCCCUAGCCAGGAGAGAGCAGGGGCCAGAGGAUGAGGAGCGAGGGGCAUACCCUGAGUGUGGGUUGGGGUCAGUGGAGUUCCAUCGUUUUACUGAGGGUGGAUUGAGGAGGUCGCCAGCACACACACAGGGGGAGCCACCAGCGUCAGAGGGGCCCUUGAGGAAAUUGGGGAUGCAUUUAGACAUUUCUCAGUGGAGGGCGUCGCUUCAAGGUGAGGAGCAUGGAGAGCAGGCAGAAAAGGUGCCACGAGAGGAGGUGCCACAGGGGGAGAUACCACGAGAGAAGAUGUCGUGGGAGGAGGUACCACAGGAAGAGAUCCGGGGUACUCAGCAAGAGAGAGGGCUGGGCGAUGAGGGGAGACGUGCAGGGAAGGAAGUGAUAGAGGUUGGAGAGGACACGCCCCCACAAACGCCAGCAGUGGGUUUGAGACUCGGGGAUGCACCAGGGAGCACCCGGCAGGCAAAGGAGGGGUUGCGGAGAGAGGAGACCCCUUUACCUUCGUCAGAAAAGGCUCCUUCGCCAGAAGGGUGGGCAGAAAGGAGGAGAGAGAGGGCAACUGUAAGGAGAGAAAUUUUGAUCCUGAUUGAUAGGCACCUAGCAGCUCAUGCCCUGGAGCACCCAGACCUGGAGGAGCCAGCACCUGCACAGCCAUGCCAGGAGUCAUGCCAGCCCGAGAAGGAGAUGGAAGCAGAAAUCCCAAAGAGGGUUGACCUCCGCACGAGGAAAAGGGUGCCAGCUGGAGAGACGGCCGAAGAAAAGAGGGCAAGACGAACCAGGCGGAUAGAUGAGAUAUGGCAGGACAGGCAGAGGUUGAAGGCAGCAGGGGAGCUCCCGGAGCAGCAGCAGGAGAGGCAGAGAUCGGAGGCAGCAGGAACACUCCCGGGUCAGCCGCCCAGCGCGCCAGCCAAGGCCCCGAAAAUUCCUGAAAUGUGGAGAGACUUCUGGGAGCAGAGAGGAGAGGAGCUUCCAUCGCCAGUCAGAGCCGGGUUUGGGGUGGCCAGGAAGGCGGAAGAAAGGUUAGAUCGUAAAAUUAAGUUCCUGGCCAAGACCACUUUUGACCGGCACUUGUUAUUGGAGGGCGAUCUGGCGGGGAAGAAAAUGAAGGAAGCCAGCCAUGGAGUACGUCUGGAGGCUAUGGAGGUGGAAAUUCAGGAGCUUAGGGCUUUGGUGACCAGCCAGGCAGCUAUCAUUGAGAGCCUGAAGCAGCAAACCCAGGGAAAGGUGGACAGACCAGAGAGUAGCCGGCAGGGAGAGCAAAGGCAGCCAGGACAGCCAUCUGCGACAGAGCCUCGCCAGGAGCUGCCUAUGGGGAGAGUUAUCCUGGAGCCAGAGGAGGCGAGAGCCCAGAGACAGGCAGAGAGAGAGGCGUUCGAGUUUAGAGCCCCUACUGAGCUCGCGACGCUGCCGGUGGCGGCAGCAGGCCCAGUCGUACCUUUGGCAGUAGAGGAGGGGCUGCCACCAUCUAGCAGUGAGCCGGCUCAGGGCUCGGCAGAGGGAUCCAUGGGCGUGCUCCUUGAGGCGGUGCAUACUAUGCAGGAGGAGGUGAGUUUGUUUUCACCUGAGCAGAGGAUAGAGGAGCCUCUUGAGAGAGAGAUGGGGAUUGAGAAGGAGGGUGCCAUCGAGGGCAGACUCCAGAGGAUAGGUACACCUGAGUAUGGACCAGAGGAGAUCGAGGAGCAGCCCACAGCAGUACCAGGGGCGGCACUCGAGAGGAGGCCUCAGAGGUUGGACACACCCGAGUACGUUCCAGCGACAGAGGAUUUGAGAGGCAGACUAAGAUUUUGGGCUACUGGAUCUGGGUAUGGUGGACCAGUUCCGGGGACAGAGCGGCAGGAAGUCGUUGGUACUGCAGCUCCUCAAGCAGAGCAGCAGGGGGUUAUCAGUACCUUGGCAGGAUCUCCUUCAUCACCACCUCCUCAGCCCAGGAAGAGGAAGUUCAAGAGGAAGGUUGAUAAACUAUGUUUCUACUGCAAGAGGAGCGCGCAUCAUGCUUUGGACUGUCUCGAGUUUCUUGAGGAUAAGGCAGCAGGGAAGAUCUCAGAGUUUUUAUCRCAGGAAAACGAAGGUGGUAUGAUCAGGUUUAUGGAGGGGGUUAUUGCUGUGAUCCGAGAGGUCGUCAGAGGGUUACCGCUACGGCUUGAAGUUUCGUCAGGGUGUCAUUUUGUCAACGGUCUGACGUCGAGUGGACCAACGACCGCGCGCUUGGCCACCAUUGCGGGGCCCUCAGGCGCGUCAAGGAAUCAAGGCCCUCUCAUGCAUUGCCUAUGUGUGCUACAUCUCAGCCGGGAUUCAGACGCGAAGCGUCCGCUCUUCGCCCCGUGCAUUCCACAUUGGAGUGUUGGAGUGUUUGUGCUCCUCACCCUCAUGACUGGACAGAGACUUGACCAGGAAGGAGCUGGACAGGCGAACUGCGGUGGGAAUGUGAAGAGUCCAUCAAGGAAGGCGGUGAGAGAAGGAAACGAUGAAGAUGGGAGGGGAAGUGAAGAGCAGUAUUCCCCAAGGCCGCGCAUGAGGUCGCCUCUGCGCAGUCUCGAUGGGGAUGGCGGACCGCGCUCACCUCAGGAGAUGUUGAGAGAUGAUCGAGAGAAUGGGGACAGGCGUCGGCAGCGCAUGCCUCGCGAAGACGAACGAGAGAGGGAGCGUGCAAGGAUUAAGGAGAGGGAUCGGUACAGUUUUGAUAGGAGGCAUCGUGAUGACCGCGAUCGGGACCGAGACCGCGAAAGGAUGGAUCGUCGUCACAGAGAAGAUGUGAGGGAGAGAGAUCGAGACAGAGAUCGGGACCGCGACAGGAGAAUGAGAGAGUAUGAUCGGGGGGAUCGGGACAGAAGGUCGCGGCACAGGUCUCGUUCGCGUUCUAGGGGCAGAUCGAGCAACAGGUCUCCUACUCGUUCGCGGUCAAGGUCACGCUCUCGUUCAAGGGAUAGGAAAAAGAAUAAAAGAGCGAGCGGGUUUGAUAUGGCUCCGGCAGGUGUGCAGGUUCUUCCUCCGGGCGCUCUUCCAACAGCGGCAGCGGCAGCGGCGGCGGCGGCAGCAGCAGCAGCAGCAACAACUGCCACUACUAGCAGUUUACAAUCCUUAGGUCAACUCGGCACAACUGCAAUGACUCCAACAAUGCCAGGGCUAUUUACGGGAGCCUUUCCGUUUGCUGGCACGCAGUUCGGAGGUCUCCCAGCAAUUCCUGCACAAGCUAUGACUCAGCAGGCUACACGGCAUGCAAGGCGUGUUUAUGUGGGAGGGUUGCCGCCAAUGACUAAUGAGCAGAGUGUAGCAACAUUCUUCAGUUCGGCAAUGGCAGCCGUGGGUGGGAAUACAGCGGGUCCAGGUGAUGCUGUUGUGAAUGUGUACAUCAACCAGGAGAAGAAGUUUGCAUUUGUUGAGUUCAGAACAGUCGAGGAGGCCAGUAAUGCCAUGGCCUUGGAUGGCAUUAACUAUGAGGGUGUAGCUGUAAGAGUCAGAAGACCCACCGACUAUAACCCAUCAAUGGCCGCAACGUUAGGUCCCAGCCAGCCAAGCCCACAUCUGAACCUUGCUAAUGUUGGACUUACCCCAGGCACUCUCCUUAUCAGUGCUGCAGGCGGAGCGGAUGGGCCCGACCGCAUCUUCAUUGGGGGCCUGCCAUACUAUUUGACAGAAACACAGAUCAAGGAGCUGCUGUCCACCUUUGGGCCUCUGCGUGCAUUUGAUCUUGUUAGAGAUCGCGACACGGGCAACUCGAAGGGUUACGGGUUCUGUGUCUAUCAGGACCCGGCUGUGGUCGAUGUUGUGUGUGCAGCCCUCAAUGGCAUGAAGAUGGGUGACAAAACAUUGACUGUCAGGCGAGCAACAGCAAGUGGGCAGCCCAAGCCGGAUCAAGCGAAUGUCUUGCAGCAGGCCCAGCAACAGAUUGCUCUGCAGCAGAGACUGGCGCUGGGAGCGACGGGAGCGAAUGCUGUGGGACUGGGCAUGAACUCAGCCAUGUCGGCAAUGCCAUCGAUGUCCAGCAUGAUGGCCGGCAUGUCAGGGAUGUCAGGAAUGUCCGGGCUGAUCCCUGGUAUGAUGGCGAGCAUGUCCAGCAUGCUGCCCACUAUGAAUCCAUCUGCCGCUAAUAAUCAUGGCGCUCAGCCGACUUCUGCUGCCGAAGUUCCGACAAGAGUUGUCUGCCUUGUUCAGGUGGUUUCUCCAGAAGAGCUUAAAGACAACGAAGAGUACGAGUACAUCAUGGAAGAUAUGCGGGAAGAGUGUGGGAAAUAUGGAACCCUUACGGAUUUGGUAAUACCUCGGCCAAGCCCUACAGGAGAGGAAGUCGCUGGAGUGGGAAAGGUGUUCGUGGAGUACUCGGAUUCCGCAGCAGCAGCAAAAGCAAAAGCAUCAUUACAUGGGCGGAAGUUUGGUGGCAACACUGUCGUUGCCACAUUUUAUCCUGAGGACAAGUUCUCAAGAGGCGAGUAUGGUGCUUAAACCGUUAAACGUCGAGUACCGUCAGUACGCUUGCCGACCAUUUUUUCUCCGAUGCAGCAUGCAUGCGGUCGCAAGGUUCGGGCGCAUGCGGCCGGAGUAAAAUGGCUGGCAUCGCCAGCCAAAGAAGGAGGCAGCCCGCGCCGGUUCGUUUGCUUUUGGCUGCGCGCUGCGCGGGGCAUUUCCAGCCUCGGGAAACACGAGGCUUGGAGCACUGGUGGUUUACUCAGGUGCGGGCUGCACACUGCUGCAUUAGAAAAUCCGAAAAAAUACGCAUGACUGCUGUUUUGCGUGAGGGAAUGGAGAAGGGGCCAAAUUUUGUAGAAUACCAAGAAUAGUUUUUUUCCCCCCUGCUUCCCGGUUUUUCGGAUAUCCGAGAGUGAAAAAUGUUCAUUCAGGUCAUCGGAACGCAGGUCCCUUGACAGGGAGAGGGGAGCGUUAACUGAACAUUUCUAUCGGCAGCAGCGUGCGGGCUGAUACGCAUCAGCAAAUUGGUUGCUGCACAUUAUAUACUAAUCAGAGAAGUGGAAAUGUGCAUGAUUUUAUUUCUGUCAUGUAGUGAGUGAGAAUGGGGACCUCUUCUCUCUUUUUAAAUGUGAAUUUUAUUUCUGUCAUGUAGUGAGUGAGAAUGGGGAGCUCUUCUCUUUUUGAAUGUGAAUAUAUACAGAUUUGCUCUCUGUGAUGUAAUCCAAGGACUUGCUGCUGCAGCUCUGUCUUUAUAGCUUUGCAUUUGUACUUCACAAGGCCUCUCUGUGAUGUAAUUUAGGCCUGGAAGAAAAGUUUCAUCAUGCCACAAAAUGUCUCAUGUUGAAAUUGGGCAAAAUGAGGUAGAGUGCUAAGGAGGGUAUAUUACUAUAUUGAGUCCGUCGUUAUCUUCUUGUUUUGUGUGCGUUACGACAGCUCAUUGAUGUC